UUCGGGUGGGGAGGGCGCCGGAGAGCGCGCGUUGCCUGAGCCGGCCGGGGAGCGGCCGAGCAGAGUGUGGGGCGGCGGCGCGAUGGCUCCGGCUGGGGACCGCGAAGGCUACUGGGGCCCCACGACCUCCACCUUGGACUGGUGUGAGGAGAACUAUGCGGUGACCCUGUUCAUCGCUGAGUUCUGGAAUACAGUGAGUAACCUGAUUAUGAUCAUACCUCCAAUUUUUGGUGCAAUUCAGAGCAUUAGAGAUGGACUGGAAAAACGGUAUAUUGCUGCUUAUUUAGCACUCACAGUGGUAGGGAUGGGAUCCUGGUGUUUCCACAUGACUCUGAAAUAUGAAAUGCAGCUAUUGGAUGAGCUCCCCAUGAUUUACAGCUGCUGCAUAUUUGUGUACUGCAUGUUUGAAUGUUUCAAGACAAAGAGCUCAAUAAACUACCAUCUGCUUUUUACCCUAGCUCUAUUCAGUUUAAUAGUAACCACGAUUUACCUAAAAGUAAAAGAGCCUAUAUUCCAUCAGGUCAUGUAUGGAAUGUUGGUCUUUACAUUAGUGCUUCGUUCUAUUUAUAUUGUCACAUGGGUUUAUCCAUGGCUUAGAGGACUAGGUUAUACAUCCUUGACUAUCUUUUUAUUGGGAUUUUUAUUGUGGAAUGUAGAUAACAUCUUUUGUGAUUCACUAAGGAACUUUCGAAAGAGAGCGCCCCCUAUCCUAGGUGUUACAACACAGUUUCAUGCAUGGUGGCAUAUUUUAACUGGCCUGGGUUCUUAUCUUCACAUCCUUUUCAGUUUAUAUACAAGAACACUUUACCUGAAAUGCAGGCCAAAAGUGAAGUUUCUCUUUGGGAUCUGGCCAGUGGUCAUGUUUGAACCUCAGAGGAAACACUGAUUCCAGCAAGAAAACAAAAAGCACCCAUUGUCGUUCUGCCAAGAUGGUCAAGAAGGUCCCAAAGACUUGCACAUUCAAAGAUGCCAUGCCCAUCACAAGAAAUGAGUGACUCAGCCACACAGAGAAUGAGCAAUCAGUCUGUUGGGUGGUCAGCUCCUGGCUUUAUCUCAUUUGUCCUCGACCUAAGAUGCUUACAGAGAAACAGAUGGGGUGUAUAUUUAUAUUCUGGAAUGGUGGGAAAGUUGGGCUUUUCUUAACAGAUUAACAGUUUGUGCUGGUCAUCCAUGGAAAAAUUAAUAUUUUUUAUUUUCUUUUUUUUUUUACAAGAGUUGCAUGUUAAUUAUACCUUUCUUAAUUUUUGAUUAAAUAUUGAACAAAGUCA